ACUGAGAAAGGUGAUCUUCAGCGUCAUCUGAACGAUCUGAAACGUAGACUGGAUGCCGAGCUGAAGGCCAAAGACGACCUGAACAAGUCGAACGAACGUACGCAAAAUAUUUCCAAAUUGAAAAAAGCGGAAGAAAAAAUUGAUUUUGAAAUGACUGAAAUUGAAGAAAUUUUCCGAAAAUGGUCACCAUCUCCCACGUGUACGAAACCCAUUUCAAUGGCAAUACAAUUCAACGGCAUUCAGGGAAUUUGGACGAAAUUGGGCAAUUGA